AUGGCUUGUGUCUGGUUGGCAGCCAAGAGAGCCCUCAAACGGGGCCCACUUGAGGGAAGGGAAUGGCCCUGUGGCCAAGUCCAGUGGCAGGAGGAGAGGGUACCUUGGGGCUUAGACUCUAGCCUGGGAGUGACAGAUUCUGACCUCCACCUUGCUAUCAGGUACCAGAAGCAUGUGCACACGUAUCGAAUUCUGCCUGAUGGAGAAGACUUCCUGGCUGUGCAGACCUCGCAGGGUGUGCCCGUGCGCCGCUUCCAGACCCUGGGCGAGCUCAUUGGCCUGUAUGCCCAGCCCAACCAGGGCCUGGUGUGCGCCCUGCUGCUGCCUGUGGAGCGAGAGCGAGAGCCAGACCCGCAAGACGACCGCGAUGCCUCAGAUGGGGAGGAUGAGAAGCCCCCGCUGCCCCCACGCUCUGGCUCCACCAGCAUUUGUGCCUCUGUGGGGCCCAGCAGCCCCCCACCAGCCCCUGAGACCCCCACAACUCCGGCUGCUGAGAGUGCUCCCAAUGGGUUGAGCACUGUCUCGCAUGAGUACCUGAAGGGCAGCUACGGGCUGGACCUGGAGGCUGUUCGGAGUGGAGCCAGCAACCUGCCCCACCUCACCCGCACUCUUGCCACCUCAUGCCGGAGGCUACACAGUGAGGUGGAUAAGGUCCUGUCUGGCCUGGAAAUUCUGUCCAAGGUGUUUGACCAGCAGAGCUCACCCAUGGUGACCCGCCUUUUGCAGCAACAGAACCCACCACAGACGGGGGAGCAGGAACUAGAGAGCCUGGUGCUGAAACUGUCAGUGUUAAAGGACUUCCUGUCGGGCAUCCAGAAGAAGGCCCUGAAGGCCCUUCAGGACAUAAGUUCCACAGCACCCCCGGCUCCACUGCAGCCAUGCACACGUAAGGCCAAGACCAUCCCUGUGCAGGCCUUUGAGGUGAAGCUGGAUGUGACCCUGGGCGAUCUGACCAAGAUUGGGAAAUCACAGAAGUUCACGCUGAGCGUGGAUGUCGAGGGCGGGCGGCUGGUGUUGCUACGGAGACAGCGAGACUCACAGGAGGACUGGACAACCUUCACACAUGACCGCAUCCGCCAGCUCAUUAAGUCUCAGCGUGUCCAGAACAAGCUGGGUGUCGUGUUUGAGAAGGAGAAGGACCGGACACAGCGCAAGGACUUCAUCUUUGUCAGUGCCCGGAAGCGGGAGGCCUUCUGCCAGCUGCUACAGCUCAUGAAGAACAAGCACUCCAAGCAGGAUGAGCCCGACAUGAUCUCUGUCUUCAUAGGCACCUGGAACAUGGGAAGUGUGCCUCCUCCGAAAAAUGUGACAUCUUGGUUCACAUCGAAGGGACUGGGGAAGACCCUGGAUGAGGUCACAGUUGCCAUACCCCAUGACAUCUAUGUUUUUGGGACCCAGGAGAACUCGGUGUGUGACCGAGAAUGGCUGGACCUGCUACGCGGGGGCCUCAAGGAGCUCACAGAUCUGGAUUACCGCCCGAUUGCCAUGCAGUCCCUGUGGAACAUCAAGGUGGCUGUGCUGGUCAAGCCAGAGCACGAGAACCGCAUCAGCCAUGUCAGUACCUCCAGCGUGAAGACUGGCAUUGCCAACACUCUGGGAAACAAGGGGGCUGUGGGCGUCUCCUUCAUGUUCAAUGGCACUUCAUUUGGCUUUGUGAAUUGCCACCUCACCUCGGGAAAUGAGAAGACUGCCCGGCGGAACCAGAACUACCUAGACAUCCUGCGGCUGCUCUCUCUGGGCGACCGCCAGCUCAGUGCCUUUGACAUCUCUCUGCGUUUCACUCACCUCUUCUGGUUUGGGGACCUCAACUACCGUCUGGACAUGGAUAUCCAGGAGAUCCUGAACUAUAUCAGCAGAAAGGAGUUUGAGCCCCUGCUCAGGGUGGACCAGCUCAACUUGGAGCGGGAGAAGCACAAGGUCUUCCUCCGAUUCAGUGAAGAGGAGAUCUCCUUCCCGCCCACCUACCGCUACGAGCGAGGUUCCCGGGACACAUAUGCCUGGCAUAAGCAGAAGCCAACUGGGGUCCGGACCAACGUGCCUUCAUGGUGUGACCGGAUUCUCUGGAAAUCCUACCCUGAGACCCACAUCAUCUGCAAUUCCUAUGGUUGCACUGAUGACAUUGUCACCAGCGAUCACUCCCCCGUGUUUGGGACAUUUGAGGUUGGAGUUACCUCUCAGUUCAUUUCCAAGAAAGGGCUCUCAAAGACUUCAGACCAGGCCUACAUUGAGUUUGAGAGCAUCGAGGCCAUUGUGAAAACAGCCAGCCGCACCAAGUUCUUCAUUGAGUUCUACUCCACCUGCCUGGAGGAGUACAAGAAGAGCUUUGAGAACGAUGCCCAGAGCAGUGAUAACAUCAACUUCCUCAAAGUGCAGUGGUCUUCACGCCAGCUGCCCACGCUCAAGCCCAUUCUGGCCGACAUCGAGUACCUGCAGGACCAGCACCUCCUGCUCACAGUGAAGUCCAUGGAUGGCUAUGAGUCCUAUGGGGAGUGUGUGGUGGCGCUCAAGUCCAUGAUUGGCAGCACGGCCCAGCAGUUCCUGACCUUCCUGUCCCACCGUGGCGAGGAGACAGGCAACAUCCGUGGCUCCAUGAAGGUGCGGGUGCCCACAGAGCGCCUGGGCACCCGUGAGCGACUCUACGAGUGGAUCAGCAUUGAUAAGGAUGAGGCAGGAACAAAGGGCAAAGCCCCCUCUGUGUCCCGAGGCAGCCAAGAGCCCAGGUCAGGGAGCCGAAAGCCAGCCCCCACAGAGGCCUUCUGCCCACUGUCCAAGUUAUUCGAAGAACCAGAGAAACCACCACCAACUGGGAGGCCACCAGCCCCUCCUCGAGCUACUCCCCGGGAGGAGCCCUUGACCCCCAGGUUGAAGCCAGAGGGGGCUCCAGAGCCUGAAGGGGUGGCGGCUCCUCCGCCCAAGAACAGCUUCAAUAACCCUGCCUACUACGUCCUUGAAGGGGUCCCACACCAGCUGCUGCCCCCAGAGCCACCUCCGCCUGCCAGGGCCCUUGUCCCACCUGCCACCAAGAACAAGGUGGCCAUCACAGUGCCUGCUCCACAGCUUGGUCGCCACCGGCCUCCCCGUGUGGGAGAGGGGAGCUCAUCAGAUGAGGAGCCCGGGGGUACACUGCCCCCUCCAGACUUUCCACCCCCACCACUGCCAGACUCGGCCAUCUUCCUGCCUCCAAGCCUGGAUCCUUUGCCAGGGCCAGUGGUCCGGGGUCGCAGUGGGGGUGAGGCCCGUGGCCCACCACCCCCUAAGGCCCAUCCAAGACCCCCACUGCCCCCAGGCCCCUCACCCACUAGCACUUUCCUGGGUGAGGUAGCCAGUGGGGACGAUCGCUCCUGCUCGGUGCUGCAGAUGGCCAAGACACUGAGUGAGGUGGACUACGCUCCUGCUGGGCCUGGCCGCUCAGUGCUCCUGCCAGGCCCCCUGGAGCUGCAGCCACCCCGGGGACUGCCCUCAGACUAUGGCCGGCCGCUCAGCUUCCCUCCACCUCGCAUCCGAGAGAGCAUCCAGGAGGACCUGGCAGAGGAGGUGUGUGGACCAGGGGUGGCUGGCUGUGUAUGCCGGAGCGACAUCACCGAGGAGGACCUGGAGGAGGCUGGGGUGCAGGAUCCGGCUCACAAGCGCCUCCUUCUGGACACCCUGCAGCUCAGCAAGUGAUAGCGGUGGCACUGUGAAGCUGCGAAUUCAGCGCUCCUUCCUACCCCCACGAAGACCCAGCCAUGGCCCCCGAGUUGAAAAUUUAUGAGGGGUGGGCAGCACCUCUCUACCUAUUUAUUUGGAAUCUGUGUUCCCCACUACCCGAUCGUUUGGAAUGCCCUAAUUAGGACAUCCUGCCCCUCCUUUUAUACCAGGGGCACCAGAGAUCAGUUGCCAUGGUUACCAAGGACCUUGGUUAUUCUGGUGCUGCCCUCCCUUUCUGGCCCCCUCCUCUCAGACCUAAGGAGUGCCUGAGGGGUCCAUUUGGGUACGUCUGGACCCUCACUUUCACCACUGUUCUUGGGCCUGUAGCACAGCGGGCGGGGCUCUCCCCAACACCCAUCUGGGGUGUCCAUCCGGAAAUGAAGGAACAGUCCAAGUACCGGGCUGGGUUUAAUUUAAGAUGUUCUGUAUGGGUUUAGGGAGGGCAGGGACUUUAAUAUUAUUGGGGCGAUUGGGAAUAGGGGAUGAAUCUCUGCCAUAAAGUGCCAGUUUGCCUAGUUCGCACUGUCUCCUGGUCUUUGCGUGCGUAGCAGCCUCUGGGAGCAAGGGAGACCCAGCUCUUACCAGCAGCCAGCCUGUCCCCAUCCUGGGUACUCAGAGGGGUUAGCGGCAUGAUGUCUUCAAUAAAUUAAGUUUUAUUUGGAUUGAG